GAACAAUUCACUUGACGUAAAAUGUCUGAAAAAAAAGUGCAAGAUGAUUUUAAAUAUGAUAGUGGGGUCUGGACAGGAUGUAUUGACCCCCCAGGGGAUUCCAGGAGAACAUUAGGAAGAAUUCUUCUGAGUUGCAUGAGGAAUCGUCCGGAGCAUGUGGGACAGAUCGAUGGAGACACUGGUGAGGAAGACACCUAUGCGUCAAUGUCCGAUCGAGCAGUGCGAUGUGCCCUGUGGUUUAACAAACAAAACCUGAAGUCCAGAGAUUGCAUUGCAAUCUGCACAGAUAAUCAUCUUAACACUGUCGUUCCUGUUCUCGCAGCGAUAUUCACUGGAAUUAUCUUCCAUCCUUGGUGGGACAUGAACUUAGAUCAGGACACGGUGAGACACUUCUUAAAGCUAGGGGAACCGAAAGUCGUAUUUAUUGAUGAAGAAAUAUCUGAGGUAGUUGAAAAAGUCAUCGACGAUCUUGGAAUGGAAACCAAGAUAGUGACCUUUCAGGAUGCACCUAGAGGAAAUUCCCUGCAGGCAAUUCUGAAGGAACAGGAGUUGGAAGAGGUCGAACGUUUUGAUUGCACGGAUAUUGAGGACGCCAAUCAACCGGGAAUUUUUAUGUGCACUUCGGGGAGCACUGGGUACCCCAAGUGCGUCGUGCAAUCGUACAACUGGUUGGAAAAAUGCUUGGACAUAUUUCCAGAGGAGAGUACCAGUGACAAUACUAUUCUCUGGUUCUCUAAAAUCAGUUGGACUGCAGCUGUUGCAGGGAAUCUCGGGGCGAUCCGUCAUUCUGCUACAGUCAUCCUUAAUAAAUCAGGCACAGUGAACGCGGCUUGUGCAAUCACUGAGAAAUACAAAAUAAAGUGUAUGGUAAUGACAACAGCAAUCGCUAGCGAAUUGUUUAGGAGAGAAGAGCGAAGUCAUGAUUUAUCGUCGGUUAAAUACGUUAUCUAUGGUGGAUCAACUGUUACUGAAAAUCUCGAUAGUUCUCUGAGGACAUUAUUUCCAAAUGCUUGCCUGGUCUUGGCGUACGGUGCCACUGAAGUAGGAAUAUGCCUGCGACGAAGAGAAUCGUCGAAGAAGUUCGGCAGCAGUGGAAGGGUUCAGAAGAAUUUCCAGAUUAAAGUGGUUGACCCAGAGACUGGAAGAACGUGUGGAAAAAAUGAACGAGGGGAAAUUCGGGUCAGGGCUCCUAACGUAAUGUUCCACUACCAUAAAGAUCCGGAAAGUACCCAAAAAGUUGUAGACUCUGAUGGAUGGUAUUGCUCGGGGGAUUUUGGAUAUUACGAUGCAGACGGUGACUUCUUCAUCAUCGAUCGACUCGGAGACGUCAUCAAAUACAAGAUCAUCCUGCCUGUGGUGCCUUCGGUGGUCGAGAACGUCAUCCUGAAAUAUCCAGGUGUCAGCGAUGCAGCAGUCGUAGCCAAACCAGAUGCACUGGAUGUGGAACAACCCAUGGCUUUUGUCACGAUAAAUGCUGGUUACAACGUAACUGAAACGGCGAUUAUUAAAUUCGUUGAGGAUCACUUGCCGGAUCACAUGAAACUUCGCGGAGGUGUGAAGAUCCUGGAGAAAAUGCCUCGUGUUCACUCAGGAAAAAUUUCAAGGAAAUGUCUGCGAGAAAUGGCGAAGGCCUUUGCUGAAUUAUAAUUCAGUGAAAUUUGAAAUUCUAUUUCAAACUGCAAUCAUAUUUUAAUCACCGGAAUAUUAAUAGUCAAUUGUCCAUGAAAUUUUAAUGUUUUCCAAACAGCGUAUUAAAUCCUGAAAAAAAAAUAAUAAUACGUCUCGUGUAAUUCUGGGAUUGAAGGCCUCAAUAA